AUGGUCCCCGGCACCCCUCCCGGACACUGGUCCAGUUUCGCUCUCCAGGGCCGAGUGUUUCAAUCUCGUCUGCAAGGUGCAUACUUGGGCCACUUGACAGAGGAAAAUAUAGAAUAA